CCCGUUGUCGGAAGUUGUCCUCUGCUGUAAUGGCGGAGGUCAGCCGUCGGCUGGGAGCCGGUCUCCAGAAACUCUCCUCGGCGAGAACUCCUCAUGUCCUGUCGGCGACUUACCGCCCGCCCGCUGCCUCCGCCGGACCCUGCUGUAGCGGGGGAGCAGCGCCGGAGAUCCGGGGAGAGCGGGGGGAGCGCGGCUCAGAGGAGCGGAGGGCAGGGCGGGUCAAGCUGGAGGAUUUACCCGGGACAAACAGCGCCGGUUCCGGACUGCGGUAUGAGCCACUGCGCCUUAUCCCACAGCCCUGUUUAACCCCUGAUUCAGUGCUGCUAGACUCCGAACUGGCCUCUAUAGUAGGUGUCAUUGGGCAGCUGCCUCUUGUAGGCUCUUUUUCACGCAGCUCUAGUAACUACAGGAUGGCUUGUUGGGUAAACAGAAGUAGUGUCCUGUUGACAACAGGCUCCUCCAGAAUGCAGAACGCUGGGCAUUUCCACAGAGCCUACUGCACACUCCUUCUCCUGACCCACAGACAACCAAAACACCUCCCCGUAGUCACCAUAACUCAGGCCUGCAGCUGGAGCAGCAACCAAAGCUCUGACGAAGCCUUUCACAGGAGCAAGACGGCGUACUACGACAUCCUCCAGGUGUCACCUAAUGCCACCCAGGCUCAGAUCAAGACGGCCUACUACAAGCAGUCCUUCCUCUACCACCCAGACAAGAACCCAGGCAGGGAGGAGGCCACAUACCGCUUCGCCCAGAUUAGUGAGGCGUACAGCAUCCUGGGCAGUGUGGGCCUCAGAAAGAAGUACGACCGUGGCAUCCUGAGCUCUGCAGACAUCCAGGGUGCAGGAAGACCCUCCGGCAAAGACACCUCAGCCUCUUCUCGCUUCUCAGGCCCACAGCAGAAGGGGCAGCGGCGCUCGCAGAAGCCCUCCACUAUGACCGUGGGAGGAAAGCCGGUGUUCAACUUCGAUGCCUUCUUCCAGGCGCACUACGGCGAGCAACUGCAGAGGGAGCAGGCCAUGCGCCAGUGGAGGCAACAGUCUGAGCAAAGGAAAAAAGAUGAGUUGGCGAACAGGAAGCUUGGAAGGUUCAUGGAAAUGGCGGUUGGCAUGCUCUUGGCUAUGGGGGUCCUAGUGGUGUUUAGCUUGAGGUCUUAAGGUGGUGCUUGGUGCCCACAUAAGAAAGAGGGCACCACUCUCUACUUUAUAGAGUUGAGAAUCUUUAUGUCAGUGGGGCCUGAUUGUGGUCCAGAAAGGCCAGAAUAGAGAUGGCACAAUAUUGUUUUUCCAAUACUGAUACUGAAAUCCUGGGUGUUGUCAGAUGUCUGAUACCAAUCCACUAUUUCUUCUUGAAAAAUUCGUUCAGAAUUCAUAUGCAUUGAGACAAUAGUUCUAAAACAAUCUCAAGGCCACCUGAUCCACCUAAUUAAUCAAGUGCCAGAAUCACUAGAUCUCCCAGGACCAGAGCUAGGUUCCCCUGCCAUACUGACAAACCAUUGAAUAUAUGAGCACAGCUCAUCAGCCAAAAGAGAAAUGUGGUUGUAAAAUCUGUUAAUGAUUAAAGAUUAUUUAAGAGACUUGUAUCAGGGAGCUUAAAUGAGCCCAGCAGCCUUUGGAACUGCAUCACACCCAUGUAGUUCUUCUUUAAAAGGUGAAUUCCACUUGUUUUACCAGAGGUUCUCACUAAUUCAGUCUUUUGAGAUGUAAACAAUUUCAAUUAAAUUGGUUAACUGAAAUGAUUCACUGCUAUGAAACCUACUUACUUAGAUUUCUUUACAGUGGUGGUGAAUGGAGGGUUUGUCUGACUACAGAACAAGUAUAACCUAUAUUUUUACUAUUAAAACCCACUAGUGAAACUACAUAUGUCUUCUGAAUUUUAUAUGUAAUAAGAAUAAUGGUUAAAAAAGAAACUGAGAAGAUGCUGAGAAGUGUUAUAUGGCACAGUUUUCUAUGGUUUAUUCUAAAAACAGCUUAUCAAAAAGUAUUGUUUUGGAAAACAGUGUCUUGGGCAUCAGACAUUAAUAACAUUUAAUGUAAUGUUCGUUUUUGAUCAAGCUUUUAGAGGCAUUAGACUCUUCAGAAAUCUCCCUUAAAUCACCCCACUGUAAACAAUUCUUACUGUGAACUGGUUCUCUUCAGGAAAGCAUUUCAGAUCAAAUCUCUUCAAAUGAGAAUUAUAUCAUGCAUCUUAUUUAAUUGGAGGAAUUCCCAUUUGAAGUAUAACUAAAUUAAUUUACCAGGUGCUAAAAGUAACAGAGAUAAGAAGGGAAAAUGCUGAAGUAUUUUUUUAUCCCUUUGAGGUCCAUCACUGCACCUUCUAAUGCCUCCUUUUUCCCUGUUCUUUAAUGUCAGGACCACCAUAGAACAGGUAUUAAUUGUGGGAUGGUGAAUCAUUCUCAACACUGCAUUGACACUGACAUGAUGGUAGUGUGUUACUAGUGUGUAUUGCACUAGUAGUGCUGCUGGAGUUUUUAAACACUGUUUACUCAUUGUCCACUCUAUUAGACACUUCUACCUAACGGAUCCACCUUGUAGAUGACAAGGUGGUGGGCUUUUUCGCAGUCCAGCAGUGACACUUAGAUGUUUAAAACUCCAGCAGCACGGCUGGGUCUGAUCUGCUUGUACCAGGAGAACACACACUGACAACCACAACCACCAUGCCAAUGGCGUUGAUGCAGUGCUGAGAAUUUCACAUCUUCUAAAUAGUAGCUGUUCUGUGGGGUCUAAAGAACAAGGAGAAAGGAGGAUGCAGAGAAACAAAAGAACAAUAGUCUGUAAUUAUAGAACUACCAAGUGCUCUUAUGAGCUGCAAUAAAUAAAUGUAAGAUGAGGCUUUUUCUUUGUGCUGGUGCAUUGAUUGACUUCAACUCCAUUAGUGCUCUGAGUGCAAAUGUAUUUUAGUCUUCUGUAUGUAAUUUAAGAUACAGUAUAUUUAAGACUGAUGUGGAUAUCCUGUUUAAAUAUCUCCCUUUAAAAUGUAGUCCUGCUGUAAAAGACUAUUUUAGACCCACAUUUGCGCAGUUUGCACAUUAAUCUGAAUACCUGUAUAAUAUUCAUCUGUUAAAAGUACUGGUUUGUACGUACUGUAAGGUACUGUUUUAGAAUCACGUCACCUGUGUCUAGGCCAGUCGCACACUACCAUGUUUCUAGUAUUGUAGAAUAAAUUGUACAUUAUAUCACUUAAAGCUAACUAUGCGACCUGGUCUAGCACAGAUCAGCAAAGCAGAAUGUGCCUUCUCAGGUUUGUUAAAAUCUUGUUUUUGUCAUGGUAAGAUUCAGAUAUUUAAUUUUAGAAAUAAAGUGUAUAUGUAUGACAAUAAACUCCCUGACGGUUCACUUGGAAGCAGAGCAGAGAAGAUGUGUAUGUGAGAUGAGAAACCUGACACUGUGUUUUUUUGUUUUUGGCAUCUGUUAUUACUCAAAUGGUCACGAGAGGGCACUGGUGUGGCAUCAAGAAAAGACAGUUAGAAGAAGGGAGGCCCAGUCAGGUCUUGGGAGGGAAGUUUAUGAAGGAUCUUGAAGACAAACAACAAGAUGUUAACAAGGAUGGUUUUAAAAACUUAAAUAAAUGUAUCUAAUUAUUUUAUGGACA